AUGCAAACCCUGGCACAUCUUUCUCAGGAACUUCUGAAUUGUUAUCACAAAUCACACCUUCUGAAUGAACUAAACAAGAUGAUCAUAAUAUCGAGAAUUGCAUUGCAGCUAGUUCCUGAUAAUCAUGAACACAAAUGGGCAUAUUGGGGCAUGCUUGCAGAUGCCUUAAAUAGGCAAUUUCAACAUACUAGGGAUCUUACAUAUCUUGAUCAAGCCAUUGCUGCAGCAGUGCAGCUGACAUCAAAUAAUCCUGAGGUGCUGAACAACCUUGGAAUUUUCUUCUCAAGACGCUUUAGGCAUUUUAAUAACCUUGCAGAUGUGGACCUCGCCAUUGCUGUAUGGCAAAAAGCAAUGCAGCUGACACCUGAUGAUAAUGCAAAAAAGCCUCAUAUGCUCAACAAUCUUGGAAACUCCUUCUCAAGUCGCUCCGAAUAUCUUGGUAACCUGACAGAUGUUGAACAGGCCAUUGCUGUGCAGCAAAGAGCAGUGCAGCUGACAUCAGAUGAUCAUGCAGACAAGCCUGGCAUGCUUACCAAUCUUGGAGCCUCCUUCUGCAUGCGCUUUGAACAUCUUGGUGACUUUGCAGAUGUUGAACAGGCCAUUGCUAUGCAGCAAAAAGCAUUGACACCUGAUGAUCAUGCAGCCAAGCCUGGCAUGCUCAACAAUCUUGGAGCCUCCUUCUUCUGGUGCUUUAAACAUAUUGGUAACCUUGCAGAUAUUAACCAGGUCAUCACUGUGGUGCAACAAGCAGUGCAGUUGACACCUGAUGGUCAUGCAAACAAGCCUGGCUGGCUUAGCAAUCUUGGAGCCUUCUUUUCGAGUCGCUUUGAUCAUGUUGGAGAUCUUGCAGAUGUUAAUCAGGCUAUUACUAUGCUGCAAAAAGCAGUGAAGCUGACACCAGAUAAUCAUUCAGACAAGCCUGACGUGCACACAUAUCUUGGAAACUCCUUUAAUAGUCGCUUUGAUCAUUUUAGAAACCUUGCAGAUAUUGAAGAGGCCAUUGCUGUGCAGCAAAAAGCAGUGCAGAUGACACCAGAUAAUCAUGCAGACAAGCGUAGCAAGCUCACCAAUCUUGGAAACGCCUUCUUCAGCCGCUUUAAACAUCUUGAUAACCUUGCAGAUCUUCAUCAGGCCAUUGAUGUGCAGCAAAAAGCAGUGCAGCUGACACCAGAUGAUCAUGCAGACAAGCCUAGCAAGCUAAACAGCCUUGGAAACUCCUUCUUCAGCCACUUUCAACAUCUUCUUAACCUGGCAGAUGUUGACCAGGCAAUGAUUCAAUAUUCAUUAGCUGCUAAGUCAUCCACUGGCCCCUUUUCUGUGAGGUUCCAUGCUGGUCAAAAGUGGAUUCAAUGUGCACAUGCAUUGCAACAUUCAUCCCUUUUUGAGGCCUAUAAUGUCACAUUGACUUUGCUUCCAAAUUUGGCAUGGCUUGGAUUGCCCUUUUCAGAUCGCUAUGGUGCACUUACUCAGGCAGCAAGUCUUGCUAGAGAUGCUGCUGCAACAGCCAUCCAGUUUGGACACUAUAACACUGCUGUUGAAUGGCUUGAGCAAGGGCGUUCAAUUGUCUGGGAACAGCAAUUGCAGCUUCGUACUCCCUUUGAUGAUCUGCAGACUAAGCAUCCAACACUUGCAAGUAAAAUUUCUCAGAUCUCAAAGCAGCUAGAACAAGCAAGCUAUAGACUUGACAAGCAGGAAGCAAUACAAGAGACCUUGGAGAAAGAAGCUCAACAGCACCGUGCACUUGCACAGAAAUGGGAACUUUUACUGGCUGAAGUUCGGUCCAUGCUAGGAUUUGAACAAUUUUUGAUGCCAAAAAAGCUGGCUCAGCUUUUGAAGUGUGCACAUUCUGGGCCAGUGAUCAUCCUAAACUGCAGUCAGUUGCAUUGUGAUGCAUUAUUGAUUGUGUCUGGCUCAAAAGAUGUGAUCCACCUUUCUCUUGAUGGUCUCACCUAUCAAAUUGCACAAAAUCUUGAACUAUCACUGAAUUCAUUGCUCAGAAAUAAAGGCCGCAUCAUCUCAAAUGACAGGGCAGCAAAAAUGGAGUUUUCUGGUGAUGGAGCAUACUCUUCAUUUGAAAGUAUACUUUCUGAGCUAUGGUCCAAAAUUGUCAAACCAGUCUUGGAUAGACUUGAUUAUCAAAAACAAACUUCAACAUGCUCUAAUCUAAGUCAAAUUUUUUGGUGUCCCACAGGCCCUCUGGCAUUUCUUCCCAUUCAUGCUGCAGGCAUAUAUGGAAAAGCUGAAUCAAAUGUCAAGCUCUCAGAAUUUGCCAUAUCAUCAUAUACUCCCACUUUAAGUGCACUUAUCUUACCAUCUGAAGACAACAUUCCACAGAAUAUUCAUCUACUGGCUGUGGCUCAGCCAAGCUCAGAUGGUCAAUUCUUUCAGCUUCCAGGUACACAAGAGGAAAUCUCUAAGAUAAAGGAUAGGCUUAACAGGCUGAACUCUAUGCAAGUCUUGCUUGUGGAGUCUGAUGGAAGAAAAGAUGAUGUACUGGACAAGCUACAAAAGUGCAGCUGGGUUCAUUUUGCAUGUCAUGGAAUUCAAGACUCCCAAAAUCCAGUCAAUAGUGGACUACAACUUGCAAAUAACCAACGCUUGAAGCUAUCUGACAUUGUCAGAGUGACACAUCCACAGGGAGGAUUGGCCUUUUUGUCAGCCUGUCAAACAGCUACUGGUGAUAAGAAACUUGCAGAUGAAGCUGUUCAUCUUGCUGCAAGAAUGCUGUUUAUUGGCUAUAGUGGGGUGAUUGCAACAAUGUGGUCAAUUCUGGAUGAUGUUGCCCCUCAAGUCGCAGAAGAUGUUUAUUCCCAGUUGUUCACUAAUGAUAGUCCACCAGAUCAUAGGCAGGCUGCAAGGGCAUUGCAUUAUGCAGUAGAGCGAUUGCAACAGGAUCCUAACAUGUUAUUUUACAAAUGGCUCCCUUUCAUACACCUUGGUCUGUGA